UUUAUAUAUAGCCUGGUUCAAUGGUGUCAAGCUUCCCGCCUAUCAUGUUGCCAACAUUCAAAGUUCGUUGAAGAAAAUGUGAGUAACGACACGCGUAAUCGAUAUUUCGCACAGAAGACGUAUGGAGAAUCAGUCUUCGGAACGCGGUGAGCUUUAGGAUACAUUGUUGAUUGUGAAGAAAGUCACGAUAUUUCUUCUAACUUACCGAGAGCGUUGCGCGGUUUCAGAAUAAUUGUGUUAGAGUGUAUUAUGUAGAAUACAAAGUAACUGCAAUGGCUGCGAAAAGAAAGCCGGACUCGCAGGUUCCGGCAGAAGAAAGUGAUCUCCUUCUCAUUAGACCCCUAGGUGCUGGUCAAGAAGUCGGUCGAUCAUGUAUUAUGUUGGAAUUUAAAGGGAAAAAAAUAAUGUUAGAUUGUGGAAUCCAUCCUGGUCUCUCAGGAAUGGAUGCACUUCCAUUUGUUGAUCUUGUAGAAGCUGAUGAAAUAGAUCUUUUGUUGAUAUCGCACUUUCAUUUGGACCACUGUGGAGCUUUACCAUGGUUUCUGCUCAAGACAAGUUUUAAAGGAAGAUGUUUUAUGACUCAUGCAACAAAAGCAAUAUAUAGGUGGCUCCUUUCAGAUUACAUCAAAGUGAGUAAUAUUGCCACUGAACAAAUGCUUUACACUGAAGCAGAUUUGGAAGCAAGCAUGGACAAGAUUGAAACCAUUAAUUUUCAUGAAGAAAAGGAUGUCUUUGGUAUUAAAUUUUGGGCUUAUAUUGCUGGACAUGUUUUAGGAGCUGCUAUGUUUAUGAUAGAAAUUGCAGGUGUGAAGAUUUUAUAUACUGGAGAUUUUUCACGUCAAGAAGACAGACAUCUUAUGGCAGCAGAAAUACCAAAUAUUCAUCCUGAUGUUCUUAUUACAGAAUCUACUUAUGGAACACACAUUCAUGAAAAAAGAGAAGAACGUGAAGGAAGAUUUACAGCUCUUGUUCAUGAUAUUGUUAAUCGUGGAGGAAGAUGCUUAAUUCCAGUGUUUGCUUUGGGUCGAGCGCAAGAAUUGCUUUUAAUACUUGAGGAAUAUUGGAGCCAACAUCCAGAACUGCACGACAUUCCAAUAUAUUAUGCUUCAUCGUUAGCCAAAAAGUGUAUGGCUGUGUAUCAGACUUACAUUAAUGCAAUGAAUGACAAAAUUAGGCGUCAAAUUGCCAUAAACAACAAUCCGUUUGUUUUCCAACAUAUUUCAAAUUUGAAGGGUAUUGAUCAUUUUGAAGAUAUUGGGCCUUGUGUUGUAAUGGCUUCCCCUGGUAUGAUGCAGAGUGGUUUAUCAAGAGAACUUUUUGAGUCUUGGUGCACUGAUUCCAAAAAUGGUGUAAUAAUUGCUGGAUACUGUGUGGAAGGGACACUUGCCAAAACAAUCCUUUCUGAACCCGAAGAAAUAACUACUAUGUCAGGACAGAAAUUACCUUUAAAGAUGUCAGUAGAUUAUAUAUCUUUCUCAGCGCAUACAGAUUACCAACAAACAAGUGAAUUCAUUCGAAUCUUGAAGCCUCCACAUGUUGUACGUUUUAUUUAUUUAUUUUUUGUAUUGGUUCAUGGGGAACAAAAUGAAAUGAGUCGCUUGAAAGCAGCUUUAACUAGGGAAUAUGAAGAUGAUCCUAACACAAGAAUGGAAUUACAUAAUCCUCGCAACACAGUGGCUGUGGAGCUCUACUUCAGAGGAGAAAAGACAGCGAAGGUCAUGGGCACACUGGCCAUGGAGAAGCCCAAGCCUGGCCAUAGGUUAUCGGGAGUGCUUGUGAAGAGAAAUUUUAAUUAUCACAUGCUAGCGCCUUGUGACCUUUCAAAGUAUACUGAUAUGAGCAUGAGUCAUGUAAUGCAGCGCCAGAGUGUCCACUACUCAGGUCCAAUGGCUGUAUUGCGUCAUAUGCUAGUACAAAUUGGUGGAAAUGUUGAUAUGUUGGAAGAUAAGAAAUUGAGAGUCUUUCAAUGUAUUGAUCUCACUCUGGAUAACAAAAUAAUCACUCUUGAGUGGUUAGCUACACCAGUAAAUGACAUGUAUGCUGAUUCUGUACUUGCUGCAAUAUUACAAGCUGAGAUGUUGGAGUCUACGCCGUCUUUUUUCCCGGUCCCUGCGAAAAUGGAUCGUAUGCAUUUCAAAGAGUGUCUGAUAGAGAUGUUGCAAGAGAUGUUUGGUGAAGAAUCUGUGCCUAAAAUAUUUAAAGGAGAAAAGCUGUAUGUAACAGUUGAUGGAAAGAAAGCAAAUAUAGAUUUACUGAACUUGGAUGUUGUUUGUGAAGAGGAUGAAACAUUUCAACAAAUAGUUCAGACUGCUGUAACCAAAUUGUAUCAAUCUUUAGCUCCUCCUCGAACUGAUAAUAGUGUUUAGGUAAAAAAUAAAUAUUUUGAUACUUUUUAAAAGUUUCUGAUAUUUUUUAUUUCUUCAAGGUAACAUUUAUUAAAGCUCAAUGUGAAUUUAUGUCAAACAUUCAGAAAACAAAACAAAUAUUAAGUAAUACAUUCAUUCAUCAAGCCACAUUUCAUUUUCUAACACACUUUUAAUCUUGAAUUCCUGUUAUUUUUUCACUCACUUCACCAAAGAUUCGCUGCUAACUCAAAUCGAAAACAGGGUAGCCACUUUGUAGAAAAACAGGCAAAAGCAGCAUAUAUGCAAGAGCGUGAGUAGUUGACAGACGGUCAAACAUAAAUUCUUCGAUUGUUAGAAAAUGUCUACAAUGGAGAUAAUGCAGCUAGCUGAAAGAACAAUUUAUGCAAUGGGAGAUUAGCAAUCCUAUACUGUGAUAAUGACAGACAAAAUAAACAAUAUUUAGUAGCGUAAUAAGUCAAUGAUUCUAUUUAACUAUGGAAUAAUUGAAUAGUGUGAUGUUACGUGGCCAGUGAAAUGGAGUUAAUCACUUCCAUUAACAUUUAUGUGUUGUAUUAAUAUGUACGGUAACACAAGUAUUAAAAUGAAGUACAAAUUAAAAUGUUUGUGAACGUGCUUUGUGGCAUAAUAAAUGGAAUAAACUGCCAAGUGAUUAUACUUUUGUGCACAACACAUAUGCUAAUUGUUACAUGACAAUUGGGGAGCCUGCAAGAAUUAAUUAGAUAAUCUCUUUUUAGCAGUUCUUAUAAGUUCUUGUUGUUAGAUAACAUCCUUAGCUCCCUUGUAAUCAAACUAUUAAAUAAUGUACAUGAGUCCAGGAUACAUCAAACCAUAAUAAACAGAUGAAGUCACUUCAGAGUACUGAUACCCAAAGAAUAAUAGUUAAAGAUGACUACUUAAGUGUUGAGGACAGUCUCUGUCUUUUGGCCAGUAACAACUAUUGAACUCCCAGGGGGCAAUGAUACUUCAUUUGAAAAGGUGUUCAGUAAAAUUCAGCAGUUGUGGGUAGCCACAUGCUCUCAUCCUCAAGAAGACAGCGAUAUAAGGUCUCUAUUUUCAAAAUUUUCAGAAGACGUGCUUCGAACUUGUCUGAAGUCGGAUAUGAUGUGCUUGAUCCCAUCUCUUUCCACCGUGUAAUUAUGAAGAUAAUUUUUUUCUUAAUGAAAUGUGUUCGUCAAAAAAUCUUAAAAUAACAUCUUGUACAAAUUUUUGAA